AUGGAGCAGAUCCUCCUGGAAGAUAUGUCGAAACUCAUAGAAGACGGGGAGGUGAUUAGAGACAGCCAACACAGCUUCACCAAGGGCAAACCGUGCCUGACUAAUCUGGCAGCCUUCUACAACAGAAAACACUGGCCCCCCGGGACGCAGUGCGUCACCAAGCACGACCACACCAAGCCCAAGGCCCGGGAGCUGGCCUUCCGCAAGGGCGACGUGGUCACCAUCAUCGAGGCCGUGGAGGGCAAAGGCUGGUACCACGCCAGGCACAACGAGACGGGGCAGGAGGGGCUGCUGGCGGCCAGCGCGCUGCGGGAGCGCGGCGCCAUCCGCGUCGACCCCAAGCUCAGCCUCAUGCCCUGGUUCCACGGGAAGAUCUCGGGGGUGGAGGCAGUGCAGGAGCUGCAGCCUGCCGAGGACGGGCUGUUCCUGGUGCGUGAGUCUGUCCGGCACCCCGGUGACUACGUGCUCUGUGUGAGCUUCGGCAAGGAGGUGAUCCACUACCGCGUGAUGCAUGAGGAGAACACGCUCAGCAUCGACAGCCAGCAGUACUUCUCCAACCUCAUUGACAUGAUCGAGCACUACAUGAAGGAGCAGGGAGCCAUCUGCACCAAGCUGGUGAAGCCCAAACCAAAAACUGGGAUGAAGUCGGCCGAGGAGGAGUUGGCCAAAGCCGGCUGGUUGCUGAACCUGCAGCACCUCAUGCUGGGAGACCGCAUUGGGCAAGGAGAGUUCGGAGAUGUCCUGCAGGGUGAGUAUAUGGGGCAGAAAGUGGCCGUGAAGAACAUCAAGUGCGACGUAACCGCCCAGGCCUUCCUCGCUGAAACGGCUGCCAUGACGAAAGUCCGGCACAAAAACCUGGUAUGUUUGCUCGGUGUGAUCCUGCACAACGGCCUCUACAUCGUCAUGGAGUUCAUGAGCAAGGGCAACCUGGUGAACUUCUUGCGCACGCGGGGCCGGGCGCUUGUCCCGACCCAGCAGCUCCUCCUGUUCGCUCUGGACGUGGCCCAGGGCAUGGACUACCUGGAGUCCAAGAAGCUGGUGCACAGGGACCUGGCUGCCCGCAACAUCCUCAUCUCCGAGGAGAAUGUGGCCAAAGUGAGCGAUUUUGGCUUAGCCCGGGUCAAUCCCAAGGGUGCAGAUGCCACUUUGCUGCCCGUGAAGUGGACAGCCCCGGAGGCCCUGAAACACAACAAAUUCUCCUCCAAGUCGGAUGUGUGGAGCUACGGGAUCCUCCUGUGGGAAGCCUUCUCCUUCGGACGAGCGCCCUACCCCAAGCUGAGCCUGAAGGAAGUGAUGGAGCUGCUGGAGCAGGGGUACCGCAUGGAGCCCCCCGAGGGCUGCCCGCCCGCCGUCUAUGCCCUGAUGAAGAGCUGCUGGGAGCUGGAGCCAGGCAAGCGGCCGUCCUUCAAGAAACUCACGGAGAAGCUGCAGAAGGAGUUGAAGCGCCUGAGGGACGUUUAACCCCUGUCCCGUUCCCAGGACCCAUGGCCAGAAGCCCCCCAGACCCGCCAGGGUUGGGAGCGGCACAGCAAGGGGUGGCCGGGCAGCGGGGUGGCCCGCAGUGCCGCUCUCUCCCAGUGGAGAUGGGGCAGCAGCUUAGGGGGUUCUCUCCUCCCCUGGGGCACCCAAAGAGGAGGCAACAGCCUCCCUC